AUGUCAAUGGGAAGUAGGUACGAACUAGAAUUAGUAGCAAAAUUUAGAGAAACUGAAAGUGUUCUUGGAAAGAAGAAUGUCCGACCUGCUGUAGUUAACAAUGAAGUUAUGCAAGUAGCAGUUCUGGGUCAACUCCAUGCCAGACCAGGAAUGAGUGUCAGACAAUUGGCAGCAGGCACAGGACUAAGUAAAAGUAGUGUUCACAGAAUUUUAAAGUUACACAAAUUUUAUCAUUACAAACUUCACCUGGCGCAAGAAUUAAACGAAGAUGAUUACGAUAGACGAAUACAAAUUCUGUGA